AUGCCGCCCUCCAAGCGUCAGCGAGUGAAGGAAGAGCCAGACCCUUCAGACUCCGGCGGAUCGGAGUACGGAGUGGAGAGCGACAAAGGCGAUCACCACGAAAAUGUUGCGCCGGGUAUUCACAUGCUUGGCUUGAGCCAAGAUUACGUCCCGUCCUGGACUGAAGGUGAUGCAUUUCGGGAAUGGUACCAAAACUGGAAGGACUCCAUCAUUCAGACAUUCAAUCUCAAUCCCAGACCUUUCAUCCUGGAGCAGAACACGACAGACUCAGAUAUCCAGAUUACCAUCCACCGCAAAAUCCAGAUAGGAGCAGAUCGGUCUCAGAAGGAGCUCCUUGGCUACAUCAAGUUCAUCAAACAGACCGGCACUUUGGAGCUCGCCAACUUCAGCGCUGCGCUGGACCCGCGCCACCUGAGCCUCGGAGGAACCACCAAGCGAGAUGGCUCCAAGACUGCCGGGACCCAUGGGGAGGGUUUCAAAGUCGCCGCUCUAGUGAUGACACGAAACAAUCGUGUAGUUCAUAUUGAGGCGUCUUCUGUGUACUGGAGAUUUGGGUUCCGAGGCGACAACAAGGACAAACUUGCCUGUCAGAUUACGAAGCCUGCGACGUCAACAAUCAAGAAACACCAUGAUUCUCUCUUGUCCGAGACUAAAAACGGACGAGCUAGAAAAAACCUUACCUCUUAUGUUCACCGAGACGUCAUUGUCAGGAUUUCCACGUCCAAGGGUCACGAAAGCAUUAAAGAACAACAGUUCUGGGAUUGGAGUUCAGUCGCAAUCGACCUUCAUUGUCCAUCUCCGGAGAAGAUCAUUCGAACCGAGCAUGGCGAUUUACUCAUAGGCCCCCAAUUCGCAGGACGCAUCUACCUUAAAGGUCUCCGAGUUUCUGGACAUGGACUCGACGGCGUCACUUAUUCUUACGGUUACGACUUUGCCAGCGGGCGCAUCAAUCGUGAUCGAGAGCGCAUGAUGAAGCAGAGAGAGGAGGCGAGAAUUGUCGCCAGCAUCUGGGAGCUGGCUGUAGCUGAGCGGCCGGAGUUGACCAAAGAGUACGUCAGGUUGUUUGAUGUCGUUCGCAGCCCAGAUGUUGCUUUCGCGGAUACUGUGGUGUCGAAGAAUAUGGCCGAGCAUGUCUGGCAAUAUCUUCUCAAUAGCGCACCAGACUGCUUCUUUUACGCCGAAGACCCAGACUCCCGGCCCAUCUGA